AUGGCGGAAAUUCCUUUCGGAACUUUGUUAUGGGUAGCUGCGAGACCUCUUCUCCGACUGACCCAGAACAUUACUUUACCUAGCUUAAUAUUCUCGAGGGCUUCAUCUGCAUUAAAUGCAGAGAAUGAUGCAGCUUUUGGACCGCUGAUAGUGAUUGCAACCAUCUACAUGGCAAUAGGCUUCGCAUUAUCCCUAUUUAUCAAGCGAUUUUUCUGGGUUCCAUAUCGGUUUCGGUACGGUAUCUUUGUUGCCGGGGGUUGGGCGAGCAGUUGUGACAUAACAAUUUCGGUCAUGACGGACAUAAUGGUCUCUCUCCCUUUCGACGGAGUCCACGACCAAGACCUCGCGGGUAACAUACGUCAGCGCCUUUUGUGUCAUCUUCUACAUGGCGGGGAAGUACAUGGACCAUGCCAGCCCAAACGUUGGAAGCUACUCAUGGUUUUUUUACGCCGGGCGAAAAUUGUUUCCUCUUCCACAGCUGGGGGAAAAUAUGACCUAGAGAGGGAUGCCUACGAUGACCAAAUGUCUAGCAAAGAUCUCUCCCUGCAACUGUCAUCGUUGGAACAUUCGCAGGCAGUUUCCCCAUUAGCGUCGUCAACAAUUGUCCAACAUAACAUACUGUCGGGCCAAUGCGAUGAAACGCAAUUGUCUAUAGAUGUAGAACCACACAUCGUACUAGCAUCUACAGAGAACUCCUCUCCAAACCAACCCCACCCUGCCAUGCGAUACGUGAACUUCCUUGGCAGUCUUUCAUCCCCUGUCUUGUUGUCUGUGGUGGUCUCGCUCAUUGUCUCUAGAAUAUCGGCUGUGAAGGCAUUGUUUAUCCCUAAUGUACCAGGGACGAACAUUCCACCAGCUCCUGAUGGACAACCCCCACUAGCAUUCGUAAUGGAUACAGCGACUUUCUUGGGAGCAGCCAAUUCUCCCAUUGGACUGGUUGUUCUCGGAUCUGCACUCGCGAGAAUGAGUGUCCCUCGCGGACGCUGGACUUCACUACCCCUUGGAGCCAUCGUAGCUCUUGCUGUCAGCAAACAGCUCAUCAUGCCACUCCUCGGAAUUCUCAUCUGCGAAGAAUUUACUCGGAUAGGAUUCAUUGACGCUGAAGAUAAAGUGCUCAGAUUUCUUCGUAUCAUGUUUACCCAUAGCAUCGACCCAAGUGAUCCUGACGCAAGCAUGCUCUGGCGCAAAUACAACAGAUCAUCUUGCUGCAUUCCUGUUUCCCCAGUUGAUUCUUAUGUCCGGGGUGAUGACCGUAUUGAUGGCCUUUACACUCGACCUUCUCUUUGGCUAGCUGGCCACUUCUGGGUGCCCGGUCCAUGCGAGUGCUGCACAGGAAACACCUAA